AUGCCUACUCGCCAAGGACAGGCCGAUUUUGAGCAAACUCUCAUUGAUGCACUGAAGAAGAAGAAUGUUGCUGAGUCGAUAUCAAACAUAAUCUUACGUACGAUAACGUCCACAUUGAAUGAUAAAUUCAAAUAUUAUGAUGAUAAAAUUGCUCAGCUAGAAGCUGAAAUAGUCAAUUUAAAAUCUAACAAGAACGAGACACAAGACAUAGCAACGGAAGACACGCAAAGAAAUGUACAGCAAAAACUUGAUAAUAUUCAGCAGCACAUUAAAAAUAAUAAUAUUAGGCUCAUGCAGGUACCAGAGGCGGAGGGCGAAAAUCUGUCUGAGAAAUAUUGA